CUCCCAGAUAAAUUAACAAAUUCUUUUAUCCAAGUUAAAGCUGUGAACUACCGCAAACCACUCAUUAAAAUCAAGUGUUAUUGUUAAAUUACAUACAGUUUAAGAAGUAGUCUCUCAUCUCACAUUAACAAAUGAUAUUAACAACAUUUAUUAAUAAAUAUUAGGGAAUGGAGCUUUCAUGUUCUUCUCUUCAUUAUCUUUAAAAAUGAUAAAAUUCGCAAAUUGAACAAAAAUCCUAAAUAGAAAGAACAGUUCAAAUAAUUAAAGAAUUAUGUAAUACUACUUGUUUGGAAGAAUACUAAAGUUCAUAUAUCUUACGAUUAGCUUAAAUCAUACAAUUGUUCUUCGCUGUCCAGGUGAAGCUGUGUUGAAGGCUGUGACGUUGACAUUUUAACCAUCUUGUCGUGGUCCUCCUCAGAACUGAAGAGCCACUGAUGUGGGACAGGAUUUCAGUCUUCAAGAAGACCACGACAAGGCCUAGGGCCCAGACAGCAAAGAGCAUUUGCAUGACUCUGGUCUUAAAGCCUUUGACAUCAUGGCAUAAAUCCUACGUACAAGCAUGGGCAUACAUAAGAGAGGGCCAGCAAGGGCUCUUCCCUUCUACAAAUUUC